AUGAUGGAAAAACAACCCAAAUCAGAGCAAAAUGCAAAAGAAAAUGUUGAUUUGGAGCGACAUGUGCUUCGUAAAUCGACCAGUGCUACUGCAUUACCAAAUUCAAAGUUAAAGUCAUCAAGAGAUGGUUCAAUUCCAAAGAUAUCUGUUGCUUCACCAAAAACACAGAAACCAACAUUCAAAGUAAUAGAGGAUGUAAAUGAAAAUGAAGAUGUUGAUGAGAAGAACUUGGCUAUGUUAUGGGCAUUGCUUGCAUCCUAUCUGCCAGAGGAUAAAUUCACUUUGCAACGUGAAUUCGUCAGACAUGUAGAAUACAAUCUUGCUCAAACAAGAACAGAAGCAAACAACUUUUCUGGAUUCGAAGCAUUAGCACUUUGUACAAAAGAUAGAUUAAUUGAAAGAUGGAAAGAUACAAUGUUAUAUUUCAAACAGAACGGUGUUAAACAAGUGAAUUACUUAUCGUUGGAGUUCCUGUUGGGUAGAUCACUUCAGAAUUCACUGGUUGCUCUCGGUUUGACUGGAAAGUAUGCAGAUGCGCUGAAGGAGUUGGGAUUCUACUUGGAGGAUCUCUACGAUGAGGAGCAUGAUGCCGGUCUUGGAAAUGGUGGUCUAGGACGUUUGGCAGCUUGUUUUAUGGAUUCGCUGGCAACGAUGGACUAUCCGGCCUGUGGAUACGGUCUGCGUUACACCUACGGUAUGUUCUACCAGGACUUGCAGGACGGCGAGCAAGUGGAGCUGCCAGACUACUGGCUCAACUACGGAUCGCCCUGGGAGAUCGAGCGUCUCGAUAUCUCGCAUUCCGUAGGGUUUGGCGGUGUCGUCGAGGAGGAGAUAGUGAACGGCGAGAAGCAUCUCGUUUGGCAUCCAGCUGAGAAGAUCGUGGGAAUCGCAUACGACUAUCCAAUCCCUGGAUUCAGCACAUUCAACACCAUCAAUAUCCGGUUGUGGAGUUCGAAACCGUCCGACGAGUUUGACUUGACUUCCUUCAACAAAGGUGACUAUCUCGGCUCGAUCGAGGAGAAACAGCGUUGUGAGAAUAUCACAAAUGUUCUCUACCCAAAUGACAAUACCACUCAAGGAAAAGAACUGAGAUUGAAACAACAGUAUUUCUUUGUUUCCGCCACACUCCAGGAUAUUAUCUCGCAGUUCAAGGAUACAGGCCGUGACUUUUCAGAGUUUCCAAAGAUGCAUGCCAUUCAGUUGAACGAUACUCAUCCAACCCUCGGCAUUCCAGAGUUGAUGAGAAUCUUGCUCGACGAAGAACAUAUGUCUUGGGAGAGAGCAUGGGAUAUUACAACCAAGACAUUCUCAUAUACCAAUCACACUGUACUUCCUGAGGCGUUGGAACGUUGGAGUGUUGAGAUGGUCGAGCGUCUUCUACCGAGACACAUACGUAUUAUCUAUGAUAUCAACGAGCGAUUCCUUCAGUUGGUGGAGAAGAGAUGGCCUGGCGAUAUUGACCGUCGUCGUUCGUUGUCCAUCAUCGACGAAUCCGGUGGUCGUACCAUAAGAAUGGCAUACCUUGCUAUUGUCGGCUCGCAUACCAUCAACGGUGUAGCAGCGCUGCACUCUGAUCUCAUCAAAGAUGUAGUGUUCCGCCACUUUUACGAGCUCUGGCCAGAGAAAUUCCAAAACAAAACUAAUGGUGUAACACCACGUCGUUGGAUUCACGAGUGUAAUCCGAGCCUGAGUCAAUUCCUCACCAAGACUCUGAACACCUCGCGUUGGAUUGUCAACUUGGAUAUCAUCCGAAAGAUUAAAGAUAUGGCCGACGACACUACCUUCCAAGACCAAUGGAUGAACAUCAAGCGUGAGAACAAGAUUCGUAUGGCCAAGUACAUUGAGCGUGUCUGCGGUGACAUUGUCAAUGUCGACGCCAUCUUUGAUGUCCAGGUGAAGCGUUUCCACGAGUACAAACGUCAGUUGCUCAAUAUCCUCGGUGUCAUUCACCGUUAUCUCGAGAUAAAGUCGGGCAAAGUCAAAUACCCAAAGGUUGUCAUCUUUGGUGGAAAAGCAGCACCCGGUUACUACAUGGCGAAACUCAUUAUAAAGCUGAUCAACGCCGUUGCCAAAGUCAUCAACAACGAUCCAAUCGUUGGCAACAUGCUCAAGGUAGUUUUCAUUCCCAACUACUGUGUGUCGAAUGCCGAGAUUAUCAUUCCCAGUUCCGAUAUCUCCGAGCACAUCUCGACCGCCGGAACAGAGGCAUCGGGAACCAGCAACAUGAAGUUUGCCAUGAACGGUGGACUCAUCAUCGGUACGUUGGACGGUGCCAACAUUGAGAUUCGUGAUGCAAUCGGUCAUGAGAAUAUGUUUAUCUUUGGUGCACUGACACCGGACGUCGAGAGAAUCAAGAAGGAGAUUCACCAAGGAACGUUCGUUCCCGAUCGUCGUUGGAUUCAAGUGAUUACCGCCAUCAAGGAAGGUAUGUUUGGUCCACUCCAAGACUUCCAGCCAAUCAUCGAUUCGAUAACCGGUGGCAACGAUCACUACAUUCUCAGCUACGACUUCCCUUCGUACCUGGAGGCGCAACAGCAGAUCGAUCUCGCCUAUCAGAACCGAUCGAAAUGGGCCAAGAUGUCAAUUCUGGCCAGUGCUGGCUGCGGUAUGUUCAGCUCGGACCGAACCAUCAAGGAGUACGCUGAAUCGAUUUGGCAUAUCCAGCAGUGUCGUAGACCAGGUCCAAUGCCAAUCUCCACCGAAGAGAUUAAAACCAUUACAAAGUCACCGGUUGGCAGUCCAUUCGAUUCGCUCAACAAUCCUAUGAUCUCAAUGGAACGUCUCUCACCGAUGACACCAACCGGCUCAAGAAAUCCACACCCAUCGUCACACCCCUCAUUGAGAGUCGGUCAAGACAACGUACCAAAACAAACUGUCAAAGGAUUCAAUGUCCCUUCAUCAAAAUAA